GCUGAACACUGGCACAACGAACAACAUGACAAGGUCACUGAAACACAACAUUAUUGGAAUUUUGUCAGUUCUGCUACUGUUCGGGGAAAUACUUUGCGAUGCUCCCCUCUCGGACUCUGCAUCUCUUCCGCUUGAACACAGAGCUGUUUAUGGUCCUCCCUUAUCUGGUCCUGGAUACGUCCCUGCAGGAUUGUUACAAGGAGGAGGAGGUGGAGGUGGAGGAGGAACUUCCGAUGAUCCAUGGCCUCUUGCAACCCCGGAUAUGCCGCAAAUAAAACAUUUGCAAGUGCAGUGCGAAAAGACUCAUAUGCGCGUUAAUAUAGAGUUCGAUCGACCAUUUUAUGGAAUGAUUUUUUCGAAGGGAUUCUACAGUGAUUCCCAUUGUGUUCAUUUGAAGCCUGGAACUGGGCAUCUGAGUGCAACUUUCGAAAUUUUCUUGAAUAGCUGUGGCAUGUCCUCGUCGGCUAAUCACAAUGUUGCUAGCUACGGUGGACCAACGCCUAGCGGGAGCUAUGUGGAGAACACAAUCAUCAUUCAGUACGAUCCGUACGUGCAAGAAGUAUGGGAUCAGGCUAGGAAACUGAGAUGCACCUGGUAUGAUUUUUAUGAGAAGGCCGUUACCUUCAGACCGUUCCAAGUUGACAUGUUACAUGCAGUGACGGCUAACUUUCUCGGAGACAACUUGCAAUGCUGGAUGCAAAUUCAAGUAGGCAAAGGUCCCUGGGCGUCUGAAGUAUCAGGAAUCGUGAAAAUUGGGCAAACUAUGACGAUGGUACUGGCUAUCAAAGAUGACGAAAAUAAAUUUGACAUGCUAGUGAGAAACUGUGUCGCUCAUGACGGAAAGAGAGCCCCAAUACAGCUCGUAGAUCAAUAUGGCUGUGUGGUGAGGCCCAAAAUCAUGAGCAAAUUCCAAAAGAUCAAGAACUUUGGGCCUUCAGCUUCCGUAGUCUCUUUCGCUUACUUCCAAGCAUUCAAAUUCCCAGAUUCUAUGAAUGUUCACUUCCAGUGUGUUAUUCAAGUGUGCAGAUACAACUGUCCCGAACCCAAAUGUGGCCAUGGAUUGGGUUUGACCAGUGAAUACGGAGCACCUCCAUUAGGUAACGCACUUGGUGGUGGGGACUUCGGAGGACACAACAAUUUGAAUGCAGAGUAUGGACCACCACCUUCCAGUGAAUAUGGCCUUCCUCCUGCUUUCCCAGAUCCUAGACAUCCUUCCGGACCAACCGGUGCAUACUCUGAACAAAAUGCAGACGUAGUACCAGCUCCACAAGCUCAAACAUCAUCGUCUUCUACAUCCAACCCCACAAAUUCAUCUCCUGCUCCUCAGGUAUCUUCACAAAGCGGGAACGAUAUUCAUUUACCACCCCCACCGCCACCCGGACACCAUGGGAUCUACAAUACCGUGAAGAGGAAGAGCAAUAUUGCAGAAGAGUUCGAGGGCAACUUAGCUACCCUUGGAGGUAGACCUAGGUCAGUUGAAAAUCUACCAGCCGAAUUACAAGGUGUGAGGAGGAGAAGAAGUCCUGAUGUGAUGACAGUAGUCGUUAGUCAUGUAUAUAAACGUGAGGCUCAAGAAAUGACGGAUGUUAACACUAGUAGAAUAAUUCAAGUAGUGGCACCAGGAGACGUGAAUUUCGCUCUCAACGCAGCUCAAAACAACGAAACUGUAGUUAUCCAGUCUGCUUCUUCGCAAGAUCCAGAAACAAUCUGCAUGUCAGUGCCAAGCUUCGUUGCUGGAUUAGUAAUGCUUCUUCUAGUACUGAUCGUAGCAAGCUUAGUAGCUGCGUUUUUGUUUGUUCGCGUGCGCGCCAUCGAUAGGAAAGGAAUCGCCCAAACUUUUGUCAGUGCUCGAGGAUACGAUAAUGCCGAAUUCGUGAAAGUGGCUAAUUGACAGUGGUAAUGCUCAUGGUAGGUGCAUUCCAAAGGUUCCAAAGAUGUUCAGGUUUAGCAAGUGGUUCAUUCGCGAGUAAUCAUUUUAGUCGCAGGGAGACGUUUUCUUCAAUGUCCUACCACCUUCUUGAUCCAAUCCUAGUCCUAUUACAGCAUUUGCUUGCAUAUUUGUCAAUGCUGAUCGAAUUUAACGAGAAAAUCGAUAAUUAUUACUAAAACAGCUCAUGAGGAAUCAUUGGCAAAUAUGCCCUAGCUCUCUCCACCCCGUCAUCUCAUUAUUUAACUAUUAACUCAUCAACUCAUUGUCGAUCAUUCGUGCUAGUAAAGGCAUUGUCUCUGCUGUUGCUAGCAUGAUCUAACCUUAUUGAUAAGUAAGUUAUUUUUUAUUAUUUAGUUGUUGUUAUUUAUGAUGAUAGAAAGUGUAAUCUACGCUGUCCGUAUACUACUUGAGGGUCUGUUUGUAAGAUAUUUAUUUGAAAAAAAAAUUUGACAUGUCAGGUCUGAAAUAAAGUAAAGUGAUUUUAUCAACUCUGCUCCAUAUUCAAUCUUUCAGGAGUGAAUCCUAGUCUCGUAGAUAGGGUGUAGUUCACAUGUAAAUAAAAUUAUAUGAAAAUACUCAAAAUAGCAAAAAAAUACUAAAAAAAAUCCUUUU